AUGAAUAUGAAUGGAAAUUAUAGUGGAAAUAACAUUAGCCCAAAUAGUAGAAUAUUACAAUUAGAAAAUGAAAAAAAACAACUUUUAGAAUAUUUAUUCGAAACAAAUGCAAAUACACUAAGAUAUUCAAGAUAUUCAACUAUAAAUGAUAAAGGGUUUGCUACAUUGAAUGUUGAGGAGCUAAUUCAAUUUUUAAAAAAAGUAUCACCAACCAAUAGUAAUAGUACCAUUAACUCACCAAUACAUUUACCACAACAAAACCAUAUAGAUAGUAAUAAUGGGAAAAUACCAUCACCAACAACACCACUACAGCAAGCGCAACAACAUACCGCACCUCUAUCAUCACCACAAAAUAGUUUAAAUAAUAGUUUAAAUAAUAGUUUAAUUAAUAGUCAAAACAACGUUUACCUAAUUAAAAGUCCAACACCAAGCAAUACGAGCAGUGGUACCUCAACAAGUGAUCAAAUUAAAUCACUACUACCCGAAAACUAUGGUUUCUUAUCAAAAGAACAGUUCCAUUUCUCAAGUUACGAGGCCUAUUUAUUAGUUUCUCAUUUUAGUAAGCCAGGUGAUUUAGUUUCAACCAUAAAGAGUUUAAUAUUAAAACAAUUUAUUUUAAAGGAUUUAAAAGAAGAAGAAGGAUUUAGAAUUCAAUGUGAAAUUUCAAAAGUAAAACAUGAUGGAUUUAUUAAAGCAUUAACACCACCUGGAACAUCACCAAAAGCAUCACCCACAAACUCAAACAGACCACUAUUUACAUCACUUACAUAUAGACUAUGGUUAUUAAAGCAUUUCAAUUUUAAUAUGUUUGAUAGCCAAGAAUCUUUAAUGAUAUGGUUCAAGAGACAAUUAUAUACAAUAUUAAAUGGCCUUAUAAAUUUAAUCAAAGAUCCAUUUGAUGAAAAAGAUAACCAAAGUGUAAAUCAAUUAAAGUUGUAUUGUUACAAUUUAGAAGUUGCUUUGCAAGAACAAACCCCGUCAUCUUGUACCGACCCAAUCUAUGCCACUCCAUUUAAUAAUUUAGAUAAAUUUAUUGGUAGCUUAUUUUUAAAGUCAACAAUUUUAAACUCGCCAACAACAAAUACAUCAAUCAAUAGUGUUAAUAGUAACCAACUAGCCACAGAAUACUUAACUAAACCUGUACCCUACCAAUUUCCACUAAAUACAAAUAUGUUUGAAGAUCUUUUGUUCUACAGUCUCUUUGAGUUUGAUGACGACGAUGGUAUUAGAUUUAUUGGCGAUGAACAUCUAAGAGUCCCUCCAGGAUUAAAACAUUUUGCAAUUGCACUCAAAAUUACACCAACUAUGGAGACUAUUUGUCACUUAAAUUGUUUUUUGAUGGCCUAUCAAGCAGAACAACGCGAAGAACAUUUCAAACGUUUACACGACACAUUGGACUCAAUUCAUAAGCUUAUUCAAACAAACAGUCCAUUGAUUAAAGAUCCAAUUACAUCCAAUGCGCCCCUAUUAAAAAUGACAUUGAAAAAAAUAGCAUCAUGGUUAACUAAAAUCCUCAGUGAUCUCCAUUCAUAUAAAGGCUCAUCACCAACCAAGGAAAUUGCCUCAGCAUGCUCAAUUUAUAUUCAAUCAAGAGAGAUGUGGAGUCUUUUAUCGACAACUAAAACUAUUAAAAAUUCAGAAUCAACAUUCCAACCAUUCAUCAUCUCCACUGUUUCAUGCCAUUACCAACGUCUUUCUCAAUCCUUCAGACCAUUAUCGCUUGAAAAUUUUGCAGAAUUUGUAAAUUUACUCAUACCAGAAAUUCAAUUAAAUCUUGAUGUUUUUAUAGCGGGAUUUAGCAAUGUUCAUAGCAAAUGCAAAACUGUAGCUCUAACAGAAUGGGUCAACCUAUACUCGAAUGAUAUAAAGGCAGUUUUCGAGGAUGUUUAUUUCCUUUCACCAAUGUUAUUACAAUCGGUCCAAGCAGCUUCAAAAUUCCAAGUGCUCUUAAAAAAAGUAAAUUUAAUUCCAGAGGAAAAACUACCACCAGUCAAAACAUAUGUAAGCUCAGUUAUUGGUGCAUGGUGCCAAAAUCAAGAAAAAGAUUUUACAAAAUGGUUUGAAAAUAUUUUCAAAUUAGACAAAUUUACACCACUUGACAAAGAGGUUAAGCAUUCUUCAUCGGUAGUCGAUAUGUUUACAAUGUUUUAUCAAACCAUUUCAACUUUAGCUAAAAUGAGAGGAUCGUUAUCUGACAAUUUCCCAGCUUUUAUCUUAACUCUAUCUGCCCUGUUCAAUAGCAAUUGUAUUUUAGCAUAUAACUCAAGUGUAGAAACUUUGACAUUAUGUAACCAAAAACAAAUACUCUAUCCAACCUCAUUAAAUGAAAGAAUUCAGAAUAAAAGUAAAAUUAGAAAAAGUAUUUCGACAUCAUCAAAUCAAAUUACAACAUCAUUACAAAUUUCAUCCUCAUCAAAAAAUGUACCCGAUCCAACUCAAAUUGUAAUUCAAACCAAACUUUCACAAAUGACAAUUUUAAAACUUUGUGUUUGUGUAAACAAUCUAGAUCACAUAUUAUUAAAUAUUAACAAUUAUAUUAAUGAAAAUUCAUUUGAUGAUGAUUCAUUAAGAAAUAAAUUAAAAGAAUUAUUUUCAUCGACCCAAAUAACUUUAGCAGAGACUGUCAAUAAAUUGGUAGAUUUUAUAGGUACUAGAGUUGUAUUUUAUGAAUGUAAACAACAAAUUAUCGAAAGUCUUUAUAGUACUCCAAUUACAUCCAAAGAUACAAUUUCAGAAAUUUUGGAAUCUUUAAGUCCACAUUUGAAGAUUAUUUAUAACAACUCACAUUCAAUUCAAAGAGGAAAUGAUAUUUUAGCUUCAGUGUGCAAAGCAUUUUUACAAGCCAUGGAAUUUUCAAUUUUAUAUGGUGGACCAACAAGAGUAUUUCAACCAAAAGAUACAGAAUAUCUAGAAUAUGAUAUAGAAUUAACCAAAGAUUUCUUUUUAGACCGUGAUGAACAAGGCAAUGCAACAGCAGUUUCAGAUGAACUUUUCGAGAGUUAUGUGGUUCCAUUAAGAAAACUAGUUAAUCUAUUAUUUGAUCUUUCAAGUGAUAUUUUAAUAGAUCAAUAUAAUGAAGGAAAAUCAUCGUUCUCACGUCAAACUAUACUAUGUGUUUUAGUACAUAGAAAUGACAAAACUGCGAGAUCAUUUAUCAAAAAGAAAUUAACUGAUUCAACAUACAUUUCAAUUAAAAAAGGUUCAAAAAUUAAUUUUUUAGUUAAAUAA